GAAGGUAUCACGGCUGGAGGUGAUUCGCGGAGCUUUCAGACCGUCAAACUGCUGACUCUAGACACGAAACAUGGUCCAUUUUAACAAAUGGACGUUAGUGAGGAGCGCGUCUCUCACCGGCAGGACUACCGCACUGGAUUUAAAGCUCCUAUAGCGCAUCGCGAUGACGGUUCCGGUGGAUUGGUUUAGUAUAUGAAAUAAAAGGCUAUGAUCAGACCAUGGCUUACUUUAAACGCGUAUCGUUUAAUUGAUUAUCAGCUGUGACUGUAGAGCGAAGGGCUUUCAGCUCCCCCACCGUUUGUUUGUUUGUUGGAAACGUUGGUUCAACAGCACACCAAAUCAAGAUGUCAGUGGAAAAUACAACUAUCAAAAGUAGGCUUAAAAAUCUGCUCCGAUCGCCUUCCAUCAAAUUGAGAAGAAGUAAAGCUGGGAACAACAAAGAGAAUCUCAGUAAUAAGGUGACGUUGGAGAAAGUUCUGGGAAUCACUUCCGCUGGGAGUCGUGCUUUGGCGUGUGAUCCACACUCAGGACUCCUUGCCUACCCAGCCGGGUGUGUGGUGGUGCUACUGAACCCUAAGAAAAACAAACAACAUCAUAUCCUCAAUAGCUCCAGGAAGACCAUCACUACGCUCUCCUUCUCUCCUGAUGGCAAAUAUGUGGUCACAGGCGAGAGCGGUCAUAUGCCAGCAGUGCGUGUCUGGGAUGUGGCAGAGAGGACACAGGUGGCGGAGUUGCAGGAACAUAAAUACGGCGUGGCAUGUGUGGCUUUCUCCCCCAAUAGUAAAUAUAUCGUCAGCGUGGGUUACCAGCACGACAUGAUCGUCAACGUCUGGGCCUGGAAGAAAAAUGUUGUGGUUGCCGCCAACAAGGUGUCCAGUAAAGUCAUGGCUGUGUCUUUCUCAGAUGACAGCUCAUACUUUGUUACAGCUGGGAACAGACAUGUGAAGUUCUGGUACCUUGACCACACCAAGUCAUCCAAGGUGAAUGCCACAGUACCAUUAUCAGGCCGCUCUGGUCUUCUUGGAGAGCUGCGGAAUAAUUUCUUCAGCGAUGUGGCCUGUGGAAAGGGCCGGAAGGCGAAAAGUACCUUCUGUAUCACUUCCUCUGGGCUGCUCUGUGAGUUCAACGACAAAAGAAUGCUGGACAAGUGGGUGGAGCUCAGGAAAAAUGACAGUUUCGCAACUAGUAUGGCCACAUCUCUGUCUGUCAGCGAGGAUUUGAUCUUCUGCGGUUGUGCUGACGGUACCGUGAGAGCGUUCAGCCCCACUGACCUGCACUUUAUCUGUACGCUGCCUCACCCUCACAGCCUGGGCACAGACAUCGCCACGGUUACUGAGGCCAGCCACCUCUUCGCCUACAAGGAAAACGUCCGCUAUCCUGACGCAGUGGCCGUAUCCUAUGACCCCACAAACCGAUGGCUGUCCUGCGUCUACAACGAUCACAGUCUGUAUGUGUGGGAUGUACGUGAUCUUCGUAAAGUGGGCAAGGUUUACUCAGCCCUCUACCAUUCGGCAUGCGUAUGGAGCGUGGAGGUGUACCCAGAGACAAGGGAUGGAGAGCAGCCGCGUUUGUGUCCCGGAUCGUUCCUCAGCUGUUCUUCUGACAAUACUAUCCGUUUAUGGAACACAGACGCUCAGAACACCACCCUCAGCCGAAACGUCAUCAGCAAUGACCUUCAGAAGGUCAUUUAUAUGGACAGCAACACCUCAACCCUGCUGGACACGGACUGUACAAUCUCCAGUAACUCUGAGAAGGUCGACCCACAGACCUCAGAGAACCGGACGGGCAUUAGGACCAUGUGCGUGAGCCCAGACGGGUUGCACCUGGCAUCAGGGGACCGCAAUGGAACACUGAGAAUCCAUGAUUUGGAGAGCAUGGAGGAAAUUAUGGAUGUUCAGGCCCAUGACUCUGAGAUCCUGUGUCUGGAGUACUCCAAACCUGAGACCGGGCUGAAGCUGUUGGCCACCGCCAGCAGAGACAGACUGAUCCACGUUCUGGAUGCGGAUCAGGAUUACGGCCUCCUGCAAACACUGGAUGAACACUCUUCCUCUAUCACUGCUGUCCGAUUCGCUGCUAACGAAGGGAAAGUCAGAAUGAUCAGUUGUGGUGCAGAUAAGAGCAUUUACUUCCGCACGGCACAGAAGACAGAGGAGGGAACAGCAUUCACACGUACUCAUCACAUAGUGAGGAAGACUACCCUGUAUGACAUGGACAUCGACCCCACAAGGAAGUAUUCUGUUAUUGGCUGUCAGGAUCGCAGCAUCAGGAUCUUUAACAUCUGCAAUGGCAAACAGAAGAAGGUCUACAAGGGAUCCCAGGGGGAGGACGGGACCCUUAUCAAGGUUCAGACAGAUCCCUCUGGUCUCUAUGUGGCCACAAGCUGCUCAGACAAAAACAUCAGCAUCUUUGACUUCUACACUGGAGAAUGUGUAGCCACCAUGUUUGGCCACUCUGAGAUUGUAACAGGAAUGAAGUUUACUAAUGACUGUAAACAUCUGAUAUCUGUGUCAGGAGACAGCUGCAUCUUUGUAUGGCGUCUCUGUCCUGAGUUGACCAUCAAAAUGAGACAACGGCUUUCAGAUCUGAAACAGAACAGCAAACCUGUUCAGAAGACCCCUCCAAAUAAACAACACACACUUAGCACAAGGAAAGAAAUCCACAGUGCCCCAGUCAUUGGCACCAUGUCAUCUGAUAGUGACAAAGAUGUGGAGGAAGAGGAGGGCAUUGAGGAUGAAGAUGAGAUGUUCCCUCACAUGUCAUCGGGUAGCAGUACUGGCGAAGAGACAGGAUCAUCUGAAGAAAAGCGCAAUACUCUCAAUUCCCACAUGAAGAAGCAAUCCAACAGUUGUGAACAUGAGGGUUCAGGUCCGCGACCAAGGCGGCGCUGGUCCAGGCGAAUGGGCAGUAUGGAUCUGAAGGUGAAGUCCAUGCUGGACCUGAGGCAGCUGGAGUCUUUUGCCAUGCCCCACUUCCCCAGCAAAACUCAUGAUGUACAUAAAGAUCUUCCACUGCCUAGGAACCAGGAACUGAGCAGCACCAUCAGUCUUCAGACCCUAGCUGCAUGGGUACCUGAAGAUAAUGGACCAGGAGGACAAACACAUCCUCAUUACAUUCAGCUGUCUCCUCAAACUCCAGAGACAGAGGUGCUGUAUCCUGAGGGAUGUGAAGAUCAAAUCAGUCUUGCCGGCAGUGAGUAUCAGGUGAAAAAGUUGCCCCAUGGAGUGAGAUGUGCUAAAGUGAACUCUUGUCCUGAGAAGCAGAGUCCAGACAGUGCCUGCUCUAUGGAGUAUUCCAGCAGUCGUCUCUCUAGCCCCGAGCACCCUGGAGAAGACUCUGAGCCCACUGAGCCACUGAGUGUAGAUGGAAACUCUUCAGAACUGGAUAUGGAAGACCUUGAUGAGGAAGAGGAGGACAGCUUGAGGAAGAAUGAGGUUCAAACUCCUGUACCUGAGACCCCAGACCAGGAGGCCUUUCUCAAGAAGCAUUUUGCAAACCUUUCAGACCUCAACAACCCUGCAAGUCCCACCAGAGUACCUUCAAAUAUCUCUGACAGCAUGUCAUCAAAGUUCCUUUCUCAGAACUCCACUAGCAGAACUCCAUUUUUAUUCCCCUUAAACAAAUGCAGUGACAGUAAAACCACCAGUGGAGUGGUGCGGCCCCUUAUCUCAGAGGUACGGCCCCUCAUGGAGAAUAAGAGUCCAAGCAAACAGCAGGAAUCCCAGGGUUCUGAAAGGACAACAGGUCAGCGUUUAAUCCAGAAGAAACGCACACCCAUCAUGGACUCCCGCAGACUGAUCAGCCCCGUAGCAAAAGCUGCUGCAAGUCACAACAGUUCUGCAGGCAUGAGGAAAGCUCAAUCUAUCCACAACAUCUCCUCAGAGGCUGACAUUGUCCAGACAUCCAGUCGUCCUUCUAAGGAAGUCCACCCACAGCCCCAGACCUCUGAAAGACCACGGCGUUCCCUUCCCUCUGUCUCACUCACCAGCCCUACCACUACCCUGCCCAAGGACAUCACUACACCUACCAAGUCCAAAUCCCGUUCGUACAUGAGUCCUACCACUAGCUCCAUGGCCAAGAUUUCCCGCUCCGUUUCCAUGGGUGACAACUUGAAUGUGGAACUAGGAGAAGACACAGGAUCUUCAGAACCACGCCGGAGCUCAGGUUCUGACUAUUCCAACCCUCGGAGCUCCUCCCAGAGCAAGCCCACCACUCCUGUUACCCAGGUGUCUUCCUUUAAUACUUCGACAUCCCCAUUUCCAGGCCCCUUCAUGCCCCAUGCAGCAGUCGUACCCACACUGAGUGCUGGCUCAACUGGAAACUCUUCCUCUAAAGGUCUCCAGAUCAAACUGACUGGCAGUGCUCGACCCCUUCUCCAUAUAGACAUUCCCAAUCCUCUUCCAGAUAAACCCUUCUUAUCUUCCCUCUCGCCAAGCAGCAAGAGCCCCAAACUUGUACAAAAGGAAAAGGAGUCCUUGAGUAGAACCCCAACAACUCCCUCUUCGCUUCCUGGAGCAGUUCACCUGCCCAACAGCAUCGUACAGCCGGUCACAGCUGUUUGUUUGAGCCCAUCUGAAAACCCAGAACAGAUUGAACUCAAUAUGGUACUUAUUCCCAGCCAGACCAAGAACUUAACAGAAGCGGAACUUCACUCGCACACAGAGCCAAGAAAAGAGGAUACCCCUGAGGCUGAGGGCUCUCCCAUGAGCCAGUGCAGCCCAAGUCUUCUUCAGUCUUCCUCAGGAGCCCAAGACUCAGGUUUGCUGGGACAUCAGUCUUCCCUCGUUCCAUCUUCCAUUCUGCUACGGCUUGGGCUGUCUAAACACUUGUUUACCAAAGGGCUCUGGCCUCUCUCAUCCUCCUCCUCCUCCUCCAUCACUUCUUUCAUCUCCUCUUCACCUUCUCCAUCCAUUAAUCAAUACCACCUGCAGGACACAUCUCUCAGUGUGGAUUCUUGUAGGCUGGUUGCCAAUGAACUGCAGAGCAGUUUUAAAAGAGCCUCCCACCUCUACAAAAUGCUAAGCAACUCCACCAACUCCAGUGAAGAGCAGCAGGAAAUGAUAUGUGUGCUGGCCGAAGCAUUUCAGGCAAUGAGAGAUGAGCUGAAUUGUCUGCCACCAUGCACUCCUUCAAGACCGCCUAGCACUUGCACAGUCCCCAUGUUGGCUAACAGUAAUGCAACAUUGGGCGACGACAGGACAUUAGCCCUUCUAGAGCAGUACUCCAAAUUGCUGCUCAGUGCGGUAGAAAAGAGGAUGGACAACAAAAUCUGACUACUCUGUGCGCCGUGGCUGCAACAGGAUACCAAGCCAUGAGACUGUUUUAGAUAGUGGGGAGCUUUUAAUAAAGAGAUUGAAAAGAAAUGCCACUAUCCUACCUCCCUGUUUAGCAUGCUACUAUGGCAGGAACACACCCCUGAUUUUUCUCACCUCUUUGUGUCCUGCUACUAAAAACGUAUCCCGAUGUUUUCACCAUGGUAACUUUUGAAAGACCUAAACAUCAUCAAGGACAGUAAUUGAUUACAUGGUUUGUUGACUGCAUGGUACAGCAAUUUGGUCACCGUCUUAAAGACAAAUAAGCAGUUUUAUAUGGAUACAGUAUUCUGUCAUAUUUUAAACUAAAACAGUUACAGAGAAAAUUAACUGUUGUUGUGAGGAAUUUCCGGCAAGCAUUAUGUAUUUGAACAUAGUGCUUGAUAUUUUAAAAAAUUCUCAAUGCUCUACUUCAAAGGGACCGGUAUCCCUGGAAGUCUUAGCAAUGCAUAUUUGUCACACUUUUACCUUUUAUUAUGGAAUGAUUUUUAUACUGUAUUUUGUGUUUGUGCUGAUACUCUAAAGUUGAAUUGGGACUUUGGGGUGCAUAUUUAUUAUUAUCAUGUGAUAGGUCAAUGAGUUGCACAGAGGCUCUUCAACGUUUGUUUGUUGUACAGUGUCAAUGUCCUGAUACCCAGCAGGGUCAGAUGGGUGCCAGAGGAAAAAAUGAGGAAAUUUGAAGGAUGAUUUUGUAUUAUUUGCAGGACUUUUUUGUACUUGAAUGGUAACUUUCUCAUGGAUACGGGUGCCUUAAUCUUGACCAGCAAUUUGUUUUAAGGAAUAAAUCCGGCAUUUGUAAUUCAAGCAGGUUAUAUAUCAAAA